CAGUUUCCGAAGACCUAAUUGACAGAGUCGAUUACAUUGAAUUUGUGGAUGAUUUGAUCGAUCAGAAAAGCCUACCUGUGCAGGAAUCAGAGCAAAUUGACGAUCGGUCGGUGAGGCUGAUGGCGACGAUUGUGAAGCAGCUGCGGGCUAAAGCGGUGCAAGCUACUCUGUUAUUACAGAAGCAUGGCUGUGUGUACGAUACCCAGCUGAACAUGGGUUACAUUGCCAGUGAUCGGCAUGCGGGGAAUAUAUGGUCAAGCACUCGCUUUUCCAGAAAUUUUUCAUCUCAGGCUGCAUUUGUUGAGGGAGACGACAGACCACCUAGUCUUCGCAAGCAAGCUUCUCUAAAGGAGGACGUCAUUUUACGUGCGUUUCCUAGAAAAAAUACUGGAAAAAUCUGGUGCAAGAAGGAGCGAAAAGUUGGUUUAGUGCCAAGUAUUGUUUUUGAGCAGGAGAAUGGGCAUCUUGGUGGCAACAAGGAGCUAAUUUCGGUUGAGAAGAAGCAGCUGGAAAACAUUGUCAACAAAAUUGGACAAACCUUCUUUUUGUCUAGGACAUACGAUUUGGAAAUAUAUGACAAACCUGGAGGAGAACUUCAAAAGAAGGAAAAAGUUUUACCUCGGACGAUUCAUUUGCAUUCGGCCAGUGAUGAACUUCUCAACGUCACAUUCAUCAGAGCCCCUCCAUCCGCUAAGCUGAAGGUGGGAAUCCCUCUGGUAUUUAUCGGCGAAGACUCCUGCCCAGGCAUCAGGAAAGGUGGUUAUGUCAACACAAUGAAGAGAGUUGUUCCUUUCGUUUGUCCUGCGGAUGCAAUACCACCUUUUUUGGAGGUAGACUUGAGCACUUUGGAUGUUGGUCACAAAAUUCUUUUAAGAGACCUGAAGGUGGAUCCACGGUUGCAGUUGUGCCACACAGAUAGUUCCUUACCUAUUUUGAAAAUCAUGGGCACGCGCUCAAUGGAAGAAGCCGCAGUUCCUGCGAAGUGACUGUACACUGUAUUUAGAUGGGAGCUUCAGUGCUUAUACUCCGGAUUUAGUUGCUCACUACUAGAUCAGUGGGUUUUAGAAUUUGAGUUGCUAUGCUCUAGUUUAAAGGAAUUAGUCUUCAUGAUCAAGUUUCAUUCGUCUGAUUUUGACAUUGUGUAUGACUCUCUUGAUGGUCGUCCUUGUGUGAUACUUCAGAAGUCCUUUUCAAGAAACGAUGAUUUUUCAAGAGUGUUUACCAUCUGUUUGUUGAUAGAAUGUAGACAACAGAGAUUGCGUCCUUUUCGAUCCUCAUCCCUGGGUAAAUGUCUCUCAGAGUUUGCAAUAUGAGUUUUCACUCCAGGGGUCACUAAUGACAUUGGCUUCAGGUUUUUGUUAUCGGACAUCAUAUUAUGAUAUACAUUGUAGGGUUAGGGGUAGUAUGGUAGGGCUAGGGACGCU